AUGCCUGCGCUGACAUGGCGGACGUGUCCAGAUGUUGAGGUCUACUUCUCUCGAUCAUUGGGCUAUGCUCUGAUUCUGAUCGCCCUGAUUAUGCUGUUUUUUACCGGAUCAAUACCAUUGUCAUCCAGCAUCACUGAGCCGGUCAGUCUGGAGGACAACGACCCUAAAGCACCUUACGCAGUACCAAUCCUCCGAGUCACCACACUUUUUCACGGACUGAGCGCAAUCUACUGCUAUAUGCGCUAUAUGAACUUUGGACAGACAGGCUAUAUGCUUGGGGCUAUUGGGUAUGGGGGCAUAGCAAGCCUCGGGUUGUGGAGCGUGGUAUUCGGAACAUCGGGUGGCAGGAUUUCCAAGAGGACCGGGGCGGACAAGCGGAUGACAGGAUUUCCUUUCAAGAACACAAUGGCGUACGACAAGAAGAAGGACAGGAAGAUGGGCUAA